AUGGACUACUCUUCAAAGCUCAUCAUCAUCAUCAUCAUCAUCAUCUUCCUCAUCUCAUCACCUCCAUUUGCAUGGUUAACUCAAGCCUACCAUUUCAGUGAAUACAUCGGUGUCGGAUACCGAAACAUCACCUUCUCCAAUGUAUCGAUAAACCCUGAUGUCGAAUUUCAUUUCAUCGUCUCUUUCGCCUUGGAUUACACCAAUAUAAGCUCCAUGAAUGUGUAUCAAAUCCCCACAAAUGGCAAAUUCAAACCUUAUUGGAACACAAACAUCAUAACUCCAUCCACAGUGAAAUCCAUCAAAGCUUCACACAACAAUGUUAAGGUUGCCCUAACCCUAGGCAGUGACACUGCAAAAGACAACAUUGCAUAUUUCCAUCCUUACUCCACAGACUCAUGGAUUGAAAAUGCUGUCAUUUCUCUAACAAAGAUCAUAAAUCAAUACAGCUUCGACAGCAUCGAUAUCAGCUAUGAACACUUCAAAGCCGGCGAAGAAACCUUCGCGGAGUGUAUCGGUAGAGUUGUUACAUUGUUGAAGGAUAAUUCAGUUAUAUCAUUUGCUUCCAUUGCUCCAUUUGAUGCAGAUAUUGUGCAGAGGUAUUAUCAAGCAUUGUGGAGAAAAUAUGGGCAUGUUAUAGACUAUGUGAACUUUCAGUUCUAUGCAUAUAAUCCAGGGAUAGUUAAUGUGAGACAAUUUAUGGAUUAUUUUGAGGUUCAGAGGAAUAAUUAUAAUGGUGGUAAAAUGCUAAUGGGUUUGAGCAGUGAUCAAGGAUUUAAUGAAGGUUUGAUAGGUGACAAAAGAUUUAUGUUUGAUGUUUGUGAAACUCUUUUGAUAGAAGAGAAGGUGUCUGGGGUUUUUAUUUGGUGUGCUGAGGCUUCCAUGGUGAAUGGUUAUCUUUUUGAGAAACAAGCACAAGAGAUGAUAGCAAAUAUUACAAAUUCUCAUCAUUAA